UAUAUAUAAAACUGCCACAUGCUGCUCUCACUGUGUUCAAGACAAACAUUAAAAGGUUCCUGCUGGUGAACAGAAGUAUCAUACUUUCACUACAGAAUGUUGUUACUGCUUCUCUACUCCUUGUUACUGUUUGGAGCGGCGUUCGCUGACACAACCGUCACAAUCUACAACGAGUGGCUCUCCCAAGGUGGACGUGCACAUUAUGAACCUGAAAGAUGGAAUAAGAUAAACGGCCUCACCCAGCAGAACCUAAUUCCAAAGUGUAAGAGUAUCGGGGUGGCUGCCGGACGGUGGGUGAACAGAGACUUGAGGAAUGGUCUUUUUGUCAAUUGGCCGCAAAGCCCUACUCAGCCUGGUUACCCAGACCCGACGUACCUCCAGGACCCAGCACGCCAGGCAACGACUUGGGCGACGUACAUGAUGGAGCUGAAUGGCUAUGGGAAUAACAUCUCUAACAUGGUCUGGAACAUACAGGGCUUGAGCUGGCCGGUUUGGAUGAAUAAGUCAGAACAUCGAUACAAAUUCCCCAAUAAUGUUGAUGCUGCAUCUGAGUUUGUGUCGCUGAUGGUUGAGAGUGCCAAUAACUACACAGGAGGACGACUUCCAUACAUGUUUGAAGUCAUCAAUGAGCCUGAUUGGGUGGAAAGAAUCAUUGAUCCACAAACGAAUAUAGACUUCCACAGGGCCGUCGCCGACAAACUGAAAUCAAGAUUUGGAAUGAAGAUUUGUGGACCAUCGUACACCAGUAUGGCCUUAGAACAAGCCGACGAAAAUAACUUCGCCUACUGGAACAGAACUGCUUCGUUUAUGGAUAUGUCUCUUGACCACUUGGACUUUUUCUUUCCAUUCCUACAACGGUCUUCGUAUAAAAUCAGGAAAUUAUACCUUUUUCGGCAUAAAUGAAGCUCGUCUAGUUGCUUCUGUAGACAUGGUGGAAAAUUACUCAUUCCUCAAGAAAGGAAAAAAUGUUCAGUUAGUUAACACGGAAUUUGGAAGAGGUACUGUUUUCGGGGUCAGUCCAAAUUUUCAAAAUGGACUGAUAGAGUUUGAAACCAUUUAUCAACCAAACGGUUUCAUGUUUACCUUCCUGAACAUGAGAGAGUUUAUAGACAGAGUUACCAUCUUUCUCCUCUCAAAUGAACAAUUCCCGGGUCAUGCUUCCCUUCGGAAUUCCUUAUUUACUGUCGAUGGUCAUCCCCUUCAACCAACCAAAUUCUUCAUGUUUUGGCAAAACUUUACAUAUGACCAAAAGUUUCUCCGUGUCUCAAGUCAAUAUAGUGAACAGGAGAGAAUGGUUGCACCCCUUGCCCUGGCAAACCCUCUCACCAACGAGAUGGUAGUUCUUCUUCACAACUAUGGCAGAAAAUUGGAGAAUGUUAAACUGGACUUUCCCAACAACUGGAUCAACCCUUCAACGGGUGAAGAAACAUGUGUUCUGCUCGAUAAUGGUAAUCCCGCUAUUCAUGCCGAUUACCAUUUCAACAUAUCGAAGCUUCAUGGCACCGUCGGGCUCCCCGGGUCAUCAACCUGCUUCUACAAGUUCAAAACGAACUACAACUUUGCUGGACUACGCACGAACAACGAGAACACAUACUAUGGCAAGGACAUGCUUAUCCCCAUCAACAAUGGACAUGCACAGACAACCAUCAUUCUACCCAGCUCCGGAUACCACACUGCUCACCUUAGAGUGGGAGUGAGCAGAGACCAUAAGGUUGUUACAAAGCCCAAUGCAGUUCAGUUCAAUGGUCAGGCCUUGUCUUCAAGCUACAAGCUGUUUGAUGCUAUGGAGAAUUUCAGCACUAUUCGGACCACUACUUGGAACGUUUGGGAGUUCACGGUCCCCGAAUCACUGGUCCAAACAAACAACACAGUCAGCAUGACCUUUGUUGGAGAUGGUGGUCACGUGACAUCUGUCGCACUCGUUGUUGGAAAACUUCUGUAGAUAAAUGUCACUUUCAGAA